GAUUCUGCGACCCCACCUACCCCUUUCAUUGCCACUUUUUUUGGUCGUCUGUCUUCCCAAUAGGGAGCACUUGCUACCGCAAUAAUGGCGUCCUCAGCUGUGGAUUAUGAACUCAAAGGCAAGGGGGAUCAGGUUACAAUACAGCGCGGUCAUGACGACGACGACGACACGGGAGAGCCAUAUUCUGGUAUUGGAUCUUCCUAUGCCGAUCAGCAGGAUAUGCGACGUCUUGGAAAACGUCAAGAGUUGCGGAGGAACUUCCGGUUUACCAGUAUCCUGGGUUUCGUCGCCAUUGCUAUGGGGACAUGGGAGGUCACCCUCUCUGCAACAGCUGCUGGUCUGACGAAUGGUGGUACCGGUGGGAUGAUCUGGAUGUUCGUCGGGUCAUUUUUGUGCUUUGGUACGAUAGUCCUGAGUUUGGCGGAACUCUCAAGCAUGGCGCCCACGGCUGGCGGACAAUAUCACUGGGCGUCUGAGUUCGCUCCUCGCAGCCAACAGAAGCUCAUAUCGUAUAUCGCUGGAUGGAUGUCGACACUAUCGUGGCAGUGCGGCACUUGUUCGGGCAUGUUCUUGCUUGGGACCCAAAUCCAGGGCCUGAUUGCCAUCACCCAUGAUAGCUACGAGCCAAAACCAUACCAGGGCUACCUACUUGUCAUACUGAUGGUGACGAUGGGUCUUCUUCUCAACACCUGGGGCGCGAAGCAGCUCCCACUGAUCGAGGGCAUUAUCCUCGUCCUGCACGUGUUCGGAUUCGCUACAGUGAUUGUUGUUCUCUGGGUGCUUAGUCCGAAGAACACCGCGGAUGAUGUGUUCUUCACCUUUGAUAACAGCGGCGGCUGGUCCAGUACCGGUCUAUCUAUGCUGGUAGGACAAGUCACCUCCAUCUAUGGCCUCAUUGGAUCUGAUGGCGCCGCCCACAUGGCGGAGGAAACGAAAGAUGCUUCUGUCAUUGUCCCACGCUGCAUGAUAUGGUCAUAUCUCUUGAAUGGAUCGAUGGGUUUUGUGAUGCUGAUCACUUACUGCUUCUGCUUGACGAAUGUGGAGGCAGCUCUGAGUAGCCGCAGCGGCUUUCCUUACAUCUACGUCUUCCAGUCCGGCACAGGAUCGACUGGCGGCGCCGUGGGCUUAACAUCCGUCAUCAUUGUUCUUGGUCUGGCAGGCGCGACAUCUUUUUUUGCCUCCACUUCCAGACAGACAUUCGCAUUUGCUCGAGACAAAGGACUGCCGGGCUACCAGUGGAUUGGAACUGUGCACCCGAAGUUGAUGAUUCCGCUGAAUGCCGUCUUGGUGACUUAUGCAUUCACAAUUCUGCUCAGUCUCAUUAAUCUGGGCAGCACGAUCGCUUUCAACGCCAUCAUCUCCCUGCAAUUGCUCGCCCUCAUGUCGACCUAUGCCAUCUCCAUUGGAUCCGUCACUCUGAAGCGCUUCCGUGGCCAAGAGCUCCCACGAUCCAGAUGGUCGCUCGGCAAGUUCGGUCUGCCCAUCAACCUCUUUGCGUUCGUGUACAGCUGCUUUGCUAUGAUCUGGGUCUGCUUUCCAGUGACGACGCCCGUAUCGUCGCAGAGCAUGAACUACGCGAUUGUCAUGUUUAGCGGCGUGUUGGCUAUCGCACUUGUCUUCUACUUCGUGCAAGGACGACACGUGUACGCAGGACCCGUCGUCUAUGUGCAGGGCAGAGAGCAGCAAGUAUUCUAG